AGAAUGUGGAUCAUUAAUAUAUGCAACCUCAUUUGUGUUAUUCGAUUAACUGAAACAUUAUUGGAACUAUUCCUGAGCGCGUUGAUUUUAAUCAAGUAAGCAUUAAAAAGCGCGCGUAAGUGUUAUUCGUAACAAGCUGACAAGAAUUGCACCAGUGAUAAUUGAUAAUGAAGAUUUAUUUUUGUGGAAGCAUUCGAGCAGGAAGGCAAGAUGCUGAAUUAUAUGCUAGACUUAUUAAUCAACUUAGAGCCUAUGGUACUGUGUUGACAGAGCAUGUUGGUUCAAAGGAACUGGAGGAAUCUGAGAAAACAAGGACAGAUAAAUAUAUACAUGAUAGAGAUGUUGACUGGCUUGUAGAGAGUGAUGCUGUGGUUGCCGAGGUAACACAGCCAUCACUUGGGGUUGGUUAUGAGAUUGGUAGAGCUGUUGCAAUGAAUAAAAAGAUACUGUGUUUGUUUAGACCAUCUCCAGAUAAACGUUUAUCAGCAAUGAUAGCUGGUGCAGAUAAUGGGAGCACAUUUAUUGUAAAGAAUUACCAAGAAACAGAUGCUAGUGAUAUAUUCAAGAACUUUUUCUCCUGAACUAAAUCUAUAGCUGGUCUCUAGAGUUUUUAACUAGACUGAUGGUACAAGUGUUUUAUAUAACUUAAUAAAAUGACAGAAAAUAAUUCUUGAAAAAAUGUGAAAUAAAAUUUAUUAUCCUGCAUAGAACAUUAGAAACAAAAUACCAGAUAGAGGCGGUUUGGUGAUGUUACAGCUUAUAUUGAUGAUAAUUACUCCAGCAUAUAACAAAAAUAUUUGCCCAUUUUUUCACUUCUUUCAACAUCUUUAAAUAGCAAAAAAAAAAAAAAAAUAUUAGAUUAUAGGUGAACUGACCAUUUCUAAUUACAUAAACGGUUGAUCAAUGUAACUGCAAGUUGUGUGUUAUUUGCACAGUGAAGGAUUUAUAAAGUCGACUUUUUUUCCAGUUUCACAGUGCAUGUGUCUUGCAUUUACUGUUAGCCCUUAUCAUGCUAAACCACAGACUCGAACUCAGUGAUAGCCUUUGCUAUCAGUGUUGAGUCAGGCCAGCUUGCACAUCCUGGCUCUGUACUGUUGGUACUGUAGCUCAAUUUUGGUAUAUUAGAAUUGAAAUCUCUUCACUUUCUUCUGUAUUAAAUACAUGUAAUUCGUUUUACCAGUUAGGAGUAAGAUAAUUAAAAAUGUCGGAUAUUUUUGGUUUGAAAUGAAAAAAAUAAAUUAAAUAUUUAAUAUACUUAGAUGUAAAAUUAUGAAAAGAAAAUUCAAUUGUAAAUAAAAUUGAAUUUUAAUUGUUAAGACCAAUAUGAAAUGUAAAGAGUUUUGUUAAGUAUGAUAUAUAAAAAUGAUAACUUCAAA